AUGACUCUCUCUGCUGUGGCAAUAUUUGUGUUGGCAAGUGGUAUCAGCGGCGGAGCGAACACUGAAGGCAUGCUCAUUUCCGGUCGUGCCAUUCAAGGUGCCGAGGGUGGUGGUCUUAACGUGAUGAUCGAUCUGAUCAUUUGUGAUCUCGUCCCCCUUAGAGAGCGGCUGAAGUUCAUAAGCAUCGUGUCUGCCAUGUUUGCCAUCGGCACAUCUAUGGGUCCCUUCGUCGGCGGAAGCCUUGUCCAGUAUUCCUCCUGGAGAUGGGUCUUCUACCUCAACCUCCCAAUUGGACCAGUCGCACUCGUCAUGCUGUGGGCUGUCCUGCACGUUAAAUACGAGAAGCAAUCCUUAAAACAAAACCUGAGACGCUUCGACGUCAUCGGCAGCUUUCUGUCUAUACCUUCGACCGUGGCGAUUCUAUUUGCAUUGACGUACGGCGGCGCCAUAUAUUCGUGGCCAUCCUGGGGUGUCAUCGUGCCGCUCAUUCUUGGACGUGUAGGCUUGGUCUCCUACCACAUAUAUGAAGCUUUGAGCUACCCAAAUGAGCCACUUAUACCUCCGCGUCUCUUUGGAACUAGGACUUCUGCAGUUCCCUUCUUCGCCACUUUCGUCCACACCCUCAUAUUCGUGUGGAUAAUCUACUAUCUACCAGUUUAUUUCAAUCUGUUCUCCAAUCUACGCCCACCAGAUCGGGCGUUCAGCUACUGA